AUGACGAAGAGUUCAGGGCGAGUCCUGCUGAACUACGCGGUGUUCAACCCAGACAUGGGAUACUGCCAGGGCAUGUCCGACCUGGUGGCCCCCCUGCUGACGGAAAUCCAAGAUGAAAGCGACACCUUCUGGUGCUUCGUUGGACUCAUGGAGAACACGAUCUUCAUCAGCUCACCACGCGACGAGGACAUGGAAAGGCAGCUGAUGUACUUGAGGGAGCUGCUGCGUCUGAUGUUGCCCCGUUUCCACCAGCAUCUGACCCGUCUGGGGGAGGACGGCCUGCAGCUGCUCUUCUGCCACCGCUGGAUCUUGCUCUGCUUCAAACGAGAGUUUCCUGACACCGAGGCGCUGCGCAUGUGGGAGGCCUGCUGGGCGCACUACCAGACGGACUACUUCCACCUGUUCCUGUGCGUGGCCAUCAUUGUACUGUACGGGGAGGACGUGACGGAGCAGCAGCUCGCCACCGACCAGAUGCUCCUGCACUUCAGCAACCUCUCCAUGCACAUGAACGGCGACCUGGUGCUACGCAAGGCCCGCAGCCUCCUCUACCAGUUUCGUCUCCUACCCAGGAUCCCCUGCAGCCUACAUGACCUGUGUAAACUGUGCGGUCCCGGGAUGUGGGACAGCCGAUACAUUCCCACCGUGGAAUGCUCUGGCGAACACCCAGACUCACAAAGCUGCCCCUAUGGAGGCACCUCCACCCCCCAGCCCUCUUCGCCUUCUCCGUCGCCCACUCCCACGCCUUCGUCCUCGCCAAACCUCACGCCCACGCCUCCGCCGGAGGGCAAGAAGGGCCCCAAGACUCGGGAUAUUUUCAACUUCCGGAAGCAGUCCUGAGACGGAGAUGGUGGGGAGGUGUCGCCGGUGUUCGCUGGAAUCGGCGCAGCCAAGGUUAAAUCUCCGGCCGUUCGCUGUCGCCCCACGGCUCCUCUCUCUAAAGCCUCGGCUGGUUCUUUUUAAUCAUCAUCUUGAUAAGAGUUUUGUCACUUCGUCAUUUCAUGUGGUGCA